GCGUUCCUCGGUCCCCCGCCCCGCCGGAGCUGAGACUUCGCUGGAGGCGCGAGGAGGAGGCGGCUGCGCCUCGGCUGCUGCUGCAGUGACUGACUGACUGACUGAGCGAGCGAGGGAGCGAGCGGCCGGCGGCUGAGGCGGCGCCUGAGUCUGGGGAGGGAGGCACGGCGGCUGCGGCUGCUGGAGAGGAGCUCGGCCCGACAGGUGGCGGCGGCGUUGGCGGCGAGGACCCGUGUCGAGCCGGCGCGUCCAGUCCCGGUUUAACUUAAAGACUGACUUCAGCAUAGGAGCGCCUACGUUUGUAUCAAUGGUUGGGAAAAGAUAGUGACCAGAAGCAAAGGGGAAAAACAUCUCGGUGUAAUAAGGAAGAUGAGUAUGCUAAAACCAAGUGGGCUUAAGGCCCCUACUAAGAUCAGUAAGCCUGGAUCUACUGCCUUGAAGACACCUGCUGCUGCUCCAGCUCCAGUAGAAAAGGCAAUAUCCAUUGAUAAAACAUCAAGUACGCCAUCCCCUGAGACUCAUGAAGAGUUUGUAGAUGACUUUCGAGUUGGGGAACGUGUUUGGGUGAAUGGCAACAAGCCUGGAUUCAUCCAGUUCCUUGGAGAAACACAGUUUGCACCAGGCCAGUGGGCUGGAAUUGUGUUGGAUGAACCAAUUGGCAAGAAUGAUGGAUCAGUGGCAGGAGUUCGGUAUUUCCAGUGUGAACCUUUAAAGGGCAUUUUUACAAGGCCUUCAAAGCUGACAAGGAAAGUGCUGACAGAAGAUGAAGCCAAUGGCACGCAGGCUGCUCCUGCUUCCAGAGCCACAUCCCCUCUCUCCACUCCCGUGAUCAGCAGCAUGGCAUCCUCAUCUCCAGCUGCACCUUCCCCAUCCAGUAUACCCCAUAAAGUUUCCCAGCCCAUAGCUAAGGAAUCUACUACUGCUCAGGUCAGCAACCUCACCAAAACAGCUAGUGAAUCCAUCUCCAACCUUUCAGAAGCUGGGUCCAUGAAGAAAGGAGAAAGGGAGCUGAAAAUUAGUGAUCGAGUCUUGGUUGGUGGCACAAAAGCUGGGGUAGUACGAUUUCUUGGGGAGACAGACUUUGCCAAAGGAGAAUGGUGUGGUGUGGAGUUGGAUGAACCUCUUGGAAAGAAUGAUGGAGCAGUUGCUGGAACAAGGUAUUUUCAGUGUCAACCCAAAUAUGGUUUGUUUGCUCCUGUCCACAAAGUGACAAAGAUUGGCUUCCCUUCUACAACACCAGCCAAAGCCAAGGCUGCCGCUGUGAGGAAAGUGAUGGCCACCCCAGGCAACCUGAAGCGUAGCCCUUCGGCCUCCUCUCUCAGCUCCCUGAGUUCUGUAGCCUCCUCCGUAAGCAGCAAGCCCAGUCGUACAGGAUUAUUGACUGAAACUUCUUCAAGAUAUGCCAGGAAGAUCUCCGGCACCACUGCCCUCCAAGAGGCUCUGAAGGAGAAGCAGCAGCACAUCGAACAGCUGCUGGCUGAGAGGGACCUAGAGAGGGCGGAGGUGGCAAAAGCAACAAGCCAUGUGGGGGAAAUAGAGCAGGAACUAGCUCUGGCUCGGGAUGGACAUGAUCAGCAUGUCCUGGAAAUGGAAGCAAAGAUGGACCAGCUGCGAGCUAUGGUGGAAGCUGCUGACAGGGAGAAAGUGGAACUUCUCAACCAACUCGAGGAAGAGAAAAGGAAGGUUGAAGACCUUCAGUUCAGAGUGGAGGAGGAAUCUAUUACCAAAGGCGAUCUUGAGCUAAAGAGCCAGAUAUCUGAAGAUCCUGAGCAUACGCAGACCAAACUGGAGCAUGCCCGCAUUAAGGAGCUUGAACAAAGCCUGCUCUUUGAAAAGACCAAAGCUGACAAACUCCAGAGGGAGUUAGAAGACACUAGGGUGGCUACAGUUUCAGAAAAGUCUCGUAUUAUGGAACUAGAGAGAGACUUAACAUUAAGAAUACAGGAAGUAGCUGAGCUUCGAAGAAGUUUGGAGUCCAGUAAACCAGCUGGUGAUGUGGACACUUCACUCUCCCUUUUGCAAGAGAUAAGCUCUUUGCAGGAAAAAUUAGAAGCCAUGCAUAUUGACCACCAACAUGAAAUAAUUUCUCUAAAGGAACAUUUUGGAGCCACAGAAGAAAGUCAUCAAAAGGAGGUGAAGGCACUCCAUGCAGCAUCUGAAAAACUCUCAAAGGAGAAUGAGUCUUUGAAAAGCAAGCUUGAUCACGCUAACAAGGAGAACUCUGAGGUGAUAGCUCUGUGGAAAUCAAAACUAGAAUCUGCCAUUGCUUCCCAUCAACAGGCAAUGGAAGAGCUUAAAGUUUCAUUUAGCAAAAGUGUUGGGACUGAGACAGCGGAAUUUGCUGAGCUGAAGACACAGAUUGAAAAAUUGAAACUAGACUAUCAGGAUGAAAUAGAGACUUUGAAAUGCCAACAAGACUCUGAACGGUCUGCUCAUGCUAAAGAGAUGGAAAUCCUGAAGACUAAACUGAUGAAAAUCAUUAAAGAAAAGGAGCAGGGUUUAGAAGGCCUCAAACUCCAAAUGGAAAAAGCGGAAGACCAACAUCUAGUAGAGAUGGAAGACACAUUAAACAAAUUGCAGGAAGCGGAAAUAAAGGUAAAAGAGCUAAAGGUACUGCAAGCCAAAUACAAUGAACAAACCGAGGUUAUUGAUAAUAUUACAACCCAGCUCAAGGCUACCGAAGAAAAACUCUUGGACCUUGAUGCCCUUUGGAAAGCCAAUUCCGAAGGUAAAUUGGAAGUGCAAAAACUUAGCCAGCAGCUUGAGGCAGCUGAGAAACAGAUUAAAAGUUUAGAGAUGGAAAAAAUUGCCACAAAUGGCAAGGCUAGUAACAUAACAAAAGAACUACAGGGGAAAGAGUUAAAGCUCAUUAAUCUUCAGAAAAAUUUGAGUGAAGUGAGUCAAGUGAAAGAUGAUUUGGAAAAAGAGCUUCAGAUUUUGAAAAAAAAGUUUGCAGAUGCUUCAGAGGAAUCCGUGGCUAUUCAACAGAAAAUGCAAGAAACGCUAAAUAAACUACACCAAAAAGAAGAACAGUUUAGUGCUCUGUCUUCUGAUCUGAAGAAAUUGAAAUAUAAUUUGUCAGAUAUGGAAGAGAAAUUUAAAGAGAAGGAUGAAAGAGAACAGCAGUUAAUGGAAGCAAAGGAAAAACUAGAAAGUGAAAUUGUGGAAAUCAUGAAGAUGUCGGGAGAUAAUUCUUCCCAGUUGACAAGAAUGAAUGAAGAACUUAGGCUGAAAGAUAAAUUUGUGGAAGAAUUACAGCUCCGGCUUUCGAAGGCAAAUGAUGAAGCAGCUUUUCUGCAGAAAAGCAUUGGUGAGGCAACUCUGAAAGCUGAACAGGAUCAGCAGAAUGUAAUUGCAAAGCAUGAGGAAGAAAAGAGGGAAUUACAGAAGAAAGUGUUAGAUCUGGAAAGGCAAAUUGAGGUAAGCCACAGCCAGUGCAAGGACCUCCAGGAGAGACAUGAAAAAGCCGAUUCUGAGACAAUCACACAACAUGAAGCAGCUCUGUACAGUCUGAAGAAAGCUCUUCAGGAUACUGAGGGAACCCUGAAAGAGGCCCAAAAGAAGAACAGUGAUUUACUGAAGGAGAUGGAAGAACUGAAAAAGCAAGCUGACAAAGCCAGAGUUGCUCAAACAGCAGAAGAUGCUAUGCAGCUAAUGGAACAGAUGACCAAAGAGAAAACUGAGACUCUUGCUUCCUUGGAGGAUACCAGGCAAACAAAUGAAAAACUGAAAAAUGAAUUGGAUGCACUUAAAGAAAACAACUCUAAAAAUGUUGAAGAAUUGAACAAAUCAAAGGAACGUCUCACAGUAGAGAACCAAAAAAUGGAGGAGUUCAGGAAAGAAAUAGAAGCCUUGAAGCAGGCAGCAGCUUGGAAGUCCCAACAGCUCUCAGCGUUGCAGGAGGAGAACCUCAAACUUGCUGAGGAGCUGGGAAGAAGCAGAGAGGAGGUCACGAGUCAUCAAAAGUUGGAGGGCGAGAGAUCUGUACUCAAUAACCAGCUGUUAGAGAUGAAAAAGAGCUUGCCCAGUAACACUUUAAGAGAAUCCGUGUACAAAACAGACACUGAUGAAGAGAGAGCUUCCUUACAGAAAUCCAUCAGUAUUACUAGUGCCUUGCUCACAGAAAAGGACGCAGAACUGGAAAAACUCAGAAAUGAGGUCACAGUGCUCCGGGGAGAAAAUGCUUCUGCCAAGUCUUUACAUUCAGUUGUUCAGUCAUUAGAAUCGGAUAAGGUGAAACUGGAACUGAAGGUGAAGAACCUGGAGCUGAAACUUAAAGAAAACAAGAGGCAGCUGAGCGGUUUUGGAGGUAAUUCUGAAGAGGAAGAAAGAGCUCAAGAGAGUCAGCAAAUGAUUGAUUUCCUUAAUUCGGUCAUAGUGGAUCUUCAGAGGAAAAAUCAAGACUUAAAGAUGAAGGUAGAAAUGAUGUCAGAAGCUGCUCUCAAUGGGAAUGACCUGAAUAACUAUGACAGUGAUGACCAGGAGAAGCAGUUAAAGAAGAAACCUCGCCUUUUCUGUGACAUUUGUGACUGCUUUGACCUACAUGACACUGAGGACUGUCCCACCCAGACCCAGGUGUCGGAGGAUCCUCCCCAUUCCACACACCACGGCAGCCGGAGUGAAGAGCGCCCCUACUGUGAGAUCUGUGAGAUGUUUGGGCACUGGGCAACCAAUUGUAAUGACGAUGAGACUUUCUAAUGCCCCCCAUGCCAGGAAUGUUAUCUUUUUUAGACGCACACACACUUGGACAGCGUAACACCAGCAUUUGUGUGUGCAGACUUCAGGAAGAUUCACAUUAUUUUUUGACCCCUUUCAACAAAUCUUUUAAAAAAAUAUUUUGAUCUUCCAUGAGCAGACCUUUUUAUUCUUUCUUCAAGCUAAAGUUGAAAUAAUAAAUAGGUGAGUUGUCACCUUAUUUGUCUUCUUUAUGUGUUUGAUAUUUAAUAAGACAUUUGCACCAGAUGCCAUUAUGUUAAUUAUCCAUAGGGAAACCUCAUGGAGCAGAGAACUAUCCUUAUGUUAUCUUAUUUAAAUAAAAUUUAAAAUUAUGCUGUUAAUUUUCAUAUUUGCACUAAAAAGUUUCAAGGCUGCAUUUGUACAUUUAGAUUUUUUUUUAAAUAGCUUUGACACUGGAAUGAGUUGAUAAAGUGUUCCAUCUUACAUUUUCAUCUACUCAUUUAAAAUGUUUUCUUCUUGAUCAAAGAAUUUAUGAGCUCUAUGUGCUGCGCUACCUGGAUGUCAGUAGUGCCUUUAUUUCAGGCUUGAUAUGUUGUGUAAUUAUAAAAUCAUGAAGCAGGUAAAGGGAAGUGAGGACCCCUCGGAGUUGCUGUAGGGACAACUUAUGACCUGGAGGCUGCGUACUUACUAUUCUUCCUGGGAUUUUUGUUUUUUCUUUUCAUUUUUGCAUAAUCUCAGCUUCUAUAUAUUGUGUGUAUAUAUAUUUUUUAAAAUCUCUAUUUUUUGGGAAAAAAACAUACAGGAAGUUUUGUUUUCAGGUUUUUAACUUCAUUAAAGCAAAAAAAAUUUUUUUAGAUCUCUUCUGUUCAUUACAACAUACCUGCCUAACCCAGAAAAAGCACCACAUGGCUUUGCAACUAUGAAGGUUUUUUUAUUUGGCUCUUUUAAGAACCUGUACAUUGGUGGAUUCUUUUUUUUUCCCUAGAAAUUCAUUCCUCCCUCUCUCCCGUGGCCGUUUUCCCCAGCAGCCGAUUACUUAAUGAAGCAAAAUCUCAAUAAGAACUAAAACACUUAGGUUAACCAAUUUUUAGUCUUUCUUCCUGCUCCUUCCCUUUCUGUUUUCUCUGGUUUACUAUAUUUUUAGAUGAAUGUAAGUUGGGAAAUUCAACGUGAAUAAUUUUGGAUUUUCUUGUAGGAAAAAUAAAAUAUAAGACCUCAUCCAACAGAACAGUUUCUGAAACAGUUCAAAUUAUUUAUCUCCUCUUGAAUGUCUCUUAGAAUAUGUAAAGAAAUAAAUAUACUGUGUCUUCUAUUCAGUGUGUACAAUAUGGGCUUACUCUUCUUCUAUAAUUGUAUAUAUAUCUUUGAUGUAUUCUCCUUCCUCCCAAGAUUAUAAACUGCAUAUUUGGCACAUGAAUAUAUUUUUAAAGAAGAAAAACCACUUCUGUAAUCAUCUGAAAGUCUGGGUUACAGGUGUAUGAUAAUAGGAAUUGUUCUAAGAAGCUAAACAUGUAAAGCAGUAUUAAAUGUUGGACAACUUGAGUGUUCUGUAUCGACUUUAAUAAAGGAUUAUUCUUUUGUUGGUGGUGGUAAAUCUGGGUUACUCUGGGAGUGGUUCUGGCUCCUGUCAUACCAAAUUUUUUUUAAAGCAGUUAUUAGGCCAGUGUGGCAACUUGUUCCACCAGGGCUUCUCCAUACGUUACUAAAGAACCUUCAGAAAUUGCUGUGGCUGAAAAUCUGCUCCUCAGAAUACAAAUAUGUCUUCAUUCCAUCACUGGUCCCAAACCUGAAACCUUUCCAGCGUGGUAGAACCUGCCCUGAAUUGUGAUCUGCAAGUACAGUGUUCCUUCACAUGGGCAUCCUAGAAUCCCAGAAUUCGAGACUGGGAAGGGACCUCAGCAGCAUCUAGUCCAACCCCUGCUCUGGCACUUGUCCUCCCUCUGCUUAAGACCUAUACCACCUCCCAGGGCAGCCCCAUUGCACUUUUGGACAGCACUAAUUGUAAGUAAGUUUUUCUUAUCUGGAAUAAACUGACCUUUUUGCAACUUCA